AAGGUUGUGAGGUAGGUUUGAGUCUGUAAUAAAUUGAUCUAAUAGUUGGGUUUCCCGUAGUGUUUGAGUGUAUUUGGAGGUCAGGUACGUUUCUUUACCUUCAAAUUCUUUGAAAAGUUUGGUUCAGUCUUCUUAGAAUUAUGAUUGGGUUCAGUUUACACGUGCUGUUAUCUUAUUUAUCGGAACUGUUCAGGUCUGAGCUCGAGCUACGCUUAAUGAUCUGAGUAUAAUGUUUGAUAUUUACCUACUGUUCUGUACUGCAAUCAUUCUUGUCUUAGUUACAGUACUUUAAUACCGUGCACAUCAGCCGUGAGAGAUUGUUCUGUAGUAUCGGGGAGGUAGUAGGUGGAAAGCAUCAAAUUAAUUUGAACGUUAAAAUGAGUAAAAAUAUGUCACAAAUUGUGGGUACUUUUAAUCAAAUUUUUAACCAGUAAAUUGCACCUAGUUUGAAUUUAUGUGUCUAGAGUGUAUUGAGAGAGUGCUCCAUUGUAUAUCUUGGUACAUAACCUUGCUACUGUAGUGCUAAAACGGAUUUGAUAUUUGAUAAUCCUCAUCACUGAGUGUUGACUAUAACAUAACGGACCUAUGUAAGGGAUUUCUCACUAACAUGCCUUGUAACUAACUAGACCCUGAAAACAGCUACCUAGCAUUCAGGUGUACGUAAAUUAGAACAUCAAAGUGCCAACUUACUAGUUAUCAUGAUUUUUUUUACCUGGAUCUUGUCUCAUAAAUCUUUUUAAGUAAAUUACGACAAAAAACGGAAGGUAUUACCUGCUUCAGUUUUGUACCCGGUUAGUGUCAUAGCCCACACACAAAUCAAUGAUAAUUGCUACUACAUUGUUGUGUGGUGUAUAUGUGUCUGGUGCCCCUGUGUACUGGUGUUUAUACUUUCAAGCACAUAAUUAGUAUCAUGUGUCUGGGGCUAGUUGGUUGACAGUUAAACCUUAAGGUAAUAUCAUAAUAUUACUUAAUAUCUGACCAAAUGAUGAGCUCACAGUGUUGUUUAAAAACAAGACUGUAGGUCCUACUCAGCUCAAUGUUGGUGCAUUAGGUAACUUUUAAGUCAUUAGUAUAUAAUGUCAAGGUUUCAAACAUUAGCAACUCUAUGAAAUUACACAAUUUUGCUGUUUGAAAGCUACUGUCAUUAAACUGCUCAAAUUAAAACAGAUAGGGUUGAGUUUGGACAUACAACUGUUUGUUUGAAACCAUUUCAUUUGACCACUAAACCACCAUUCAACUCGAAAUUGAGAUAAAGGCCUUUGAACUGAAUCCAAGUUGACCGUUAUCUGUGCUCUACUCGAUUGAAUGAUAAUACGAAUAUCUGCUUACUGUCGACUUAGAUAAUUGGAACAUGAUCUACGUAUAGUGAUCCACGGACCACGUUGACGCGCGAUGAUGGUUAGUGCAGUAGGUUGAAUGGUAGAUGGGGGAGGUCAAAACAAGGUAUGUCACCAGUCCAUGAAGACACUAGCUGUUGGACUGAACCAUGUAGGUAGGUGCAAAGUAAGUGGUUGGGGUUCACUUGAUAAUGGUGACUAGUGGUUAGACUUUGAACGAUAUUACUCUAAAUCGUUCAUAUUGGCGCGGGUGCAUUCACCUUUGUCUGCCCUUAUAUCUGAAGUUUCUAGAUUCCUCAUAAAAUUUCUAUCGUUCUAAAAAUUAUAUAUGAUCCCGAACGUCAUCUCCGAUACCCAAUCUUUUUUAUAACUAUUAGUCCUGUUGCAGCCUAUACUGCUGCCAGAUUUGACGUAACAAUUUCGUUUCUCUAUGAAAACUAACUGAUGUACACAUGUUUUGGAUUCUAUGCUGUAUUCGAUCAACCGAGCUACUGUAAUCUUUAUGUUCCCACUUCAACUCGGACAAACUAAACACUGAAUUUUAUUAUUCAUGACUUACAGGAAGCAACUGUAUCUGUACCGCUAUGGUCGAUUUCAGUCCAUAUUGCCUUAUUUGUUAAACUACGUAUGUCUGACAUCCCACAGAUUCCUGUUAGUCAUCAAUCCCGUAUAUAAUCCAGGCCAAAAGUCAUUGACUUCAGAGAUAAAUGCUACGUACUGAAGUCAUUACUCUUUCUUUUAACCAAUACACAAUCGUCAGUGGGUGCACAUUUACAAAUUUAACUUGCCGAUCUAUUUUGCUUGCAACGUUGAACUUAAUCUUGACAUUACUUACUCAGUGUUCCUAUCAUGUACAAAAAUAUUUUCCGAAUACUUGUAACUUUGUUAUGGCGCGCAUUUGUGGUUUGGAAGGGCACGUAGUAUCACCAGCUUUGUGUCCGUAUUUAUUCGCUGAGUUAUACCGUUUGGUUUCAUUGACCAUAUUUCGCAACCUUAUAUUAGUAUAGGGUAAUAAGCAGUUGUAUGAUAUCUUUACGUUCUAACAGACAUUAGAUGUUUCAAUUAUGGUAAAGGUUCUGCAAAAUGGUCAAGAUAAAUAAUGUUUUCUUCUCGACGGAAGUAUUUUGUGAAGCAAUAACUCGUCAUGUUGGAUACCCAAGUGAACAAAAGUAACCAAUGUACUCUGUCACUACGCUGCUCAUUACUAAACGGACACAUUUAGUAGGGACAAACUAUAAUCUGUUUUCAAGCUUUCGUCUAAGGGAUUCAGUAAAAUUUGUUCCUUUGACAUUUUCAGUUAAUAAGGAUUUGAAUGAUCUUUCCAUGUUCAUCAAAUCUAUAGUUAGUAAAGUUAUUUGUAUCAGUAUAAAGUCAAAAGUGUCUGCUGGAUGCAGAUUACUAAGAAAUAUUAGAUGGGUAUUAUUACUCCUAAAAUAGGAAUGUGAUAUGAUUUAAAAACUAACAUUCAAAUUAUCAAGGGAUUCAUCUAAAUAUUCAUUCUCUUUGUCCUUUAUCUUUAUAUUCGUGUGUUUCGAUUCCUUUGACCAGUUACCGGAAUUUCGACCUUUAUUCUUCAUUUAUCCACGUUACUUACUGAAUAAACAAGAGUUCAUUGCAUGUGAUAUACUGGUUUACGUCUUUCAAUAUAUUCUUGGAAUUUUCAUGUACAUAACUAUGGUAGAAGAAAAACCUACUUCUUAUCAGGAGAGCGCCUCAGAAUACAAUACACUAGCCAGUAGUAAAAUGGAUCCAAUAUACUCUGGUGAACAUUGCGAAGCUUCUUCUGAAUACGUUACUGCAAUUUACUCGUACAUGCCUCAGCAUUCAGAUGAAAUAAAUCUACGAACGGGUCAAAAAAUUAAGAUUUUGUCCAAAGACUGUCGACAUUCUGGAGCUGAAGGAUGGUGGGUUGGCCAAGAACCAAAAACAGGUUAUGUUGGUGUGUUUCCUAGUGGAUAUGUUUUAAAUCCAGAUGACAUUGCAAACAGUGAAUCUUCAGGAGCGAAUGAAAUGAAAGCUAAUUCUUUCGAACCAAAUAAAUGGAAUGAUGUCACAUUUGGGAUAGGUUACAAUACGGACAAAACUAUAACUGUAAAAACAAAGGAAGAGAUAUCUCUCGACAAAAAGUCACCCGACAGUGACGUAAUCCUUAGACACGGUCAUGUUAGAACAAUUCCUGCUACUGAGUUAGUGCAACAACAGUUUAUUGGCUCAGGAGCAUUUGGAAAAGUUUAUCGAGGUCUUUGGCGUGAACAGGAUAUUGCACUAAAAGUAUUUGAUCUAGCUACAAAUCAGGUAGACAAUGAAGCUUUGCAUUUGUGCAGAUUAUCUCAUCGGAACAUUGUGAGAUUUUAUGGGAUCUGCAGAUUAGACAGCUCUAAUUUCCCAGCACUUGUAAUGGAAUAUGCUUAUGGUGGUUCUCUGAACAUGGUUCUCAAUCAACGACCUUUAUUAGGUCCCCUUGUUCUACUUGAUUGGGCAUUACAGAUCGCUAGUGGAAUGGCAUAUUUACAUACAGAUGCCAGAAUUUGUCAUCGAGAUUUAAAAUCAUCUAACAUUCUUAUCAGAGAAGCUAUUCAAAAACCAUUUUCUCUAAAUGAACUUCAAAGGUGUACCCUAUUGAUAACUGAUUUCGGAAUGGCUUGUCGUUCUAGUCAACUAGCACCACAACAGUCUAAACUAGGCACUGUUGCAUAUGCAGCUCCAGAAGUUUGUCGUCAAGAGGGAUUUUCUUUCAAAUCGGAUAUUUGGUCAUAUGGUGUUGUGUUAUGGGAGUUGCUUACAUUAGAUAUACCGUUUCGCGCAAUGGAGCAACCUAGAUUAUUGUUUAUUAUUGCAAUGCAUAAUUAUACUCUGUACAUACCACCAGGCGUUCCAGAUCUCUUUGUCCAAUUACUUAAAGAUUGCUGGUCACCUACUCCUGUUAGUAGACCUAAAUUUGAAAAUAUUAUGGCUCGACUUAAAUCAUGCAAAGACUGCAGUUUUGUAGAUUUAGAACCAAGUGAAUUAGCUCAAAUUCAACAGGAUUGGCGUGAACUUAUAGCAGUCCACUAUAAAGAAGAACAACAAACCGUAGCUGAAGCACUAUCAUCAUCGUUCAAAAGUGAAAGUUUAGAUUUUUCAACAGAACUUUUAACACAGCUGGAAAUGUUACGUGAUUAUCGUGAAUCACUGGAUAGGGUCAGAGCAGAUCUAGUAGAAAAAGCUCAUCAACUUCAUAUAAAAGAGGAAUUGUAUAAUCGAGUGGCCGACACAAUGGGUCAACAUUUUAUGUUUUUGGCUGUACUGGCUGCUAAUCAUUUUAAAGAUCCUACUCAUAAAAGUCAAACUGCUCAACCCAAACCUCCUCCACCUAGAAAACGUCCGUUUGUUCGUAGUAUUUUUAAGCGAUGGGGAACUAAUGGUAAUCCAUGUUCUACACAUAAUGACUACGUUAAUUCAACUACUUCGUCUACUAACAAUUUCCAAGUAAAGGAUCUUAAACGGUCAAUUAAUUCUUCACAAUAUACUUCUAAUAAUCGUUCACAUUUGAAUGUAAAUACAAAUAAUUCUUCAGAUUUGAAUAAUUCUUUUUGUGAUGAAACUCAAUCGAUUUCGCGUGACACAUCCAGUCGAGUUGGUUGUAGUCAAGGUGGAAUACCUUUAAUUUCACCUCCCACCGAUAUGAAACAUGUGGUUCAUGUGGACUCAGAUUGGUUUACUGGUCAAGGAUUAUGCGAGUCAACGAUGCGGUUAUUUCCUUCUGCUAAAAUCACAAGCUCUUCACUGGGUUCAAAUACUGACAAAUAUCGUAAUAUGUCACCAGGUCAUUGUUACAGUCCUCAAAUAAGAACGUUUGUGAGCAUUAAGUCGGAUAGUAAUAUGACAGAUAAAUCUAAUCCGAAGUCACCACGUAUUUAUUCUAGUGGAAAUAAUAUUACAGAUCUCCGAUCACGUGAACAGCGUUUUGUUGAUGUCCAAACAAACUCACAAAGAAAUUUGAAUCGGUUGCCUAGGAAACAAAAUUUUAUUCGGAAAUUUGAAAGUAAAAACAAUUUAGAUUUCUUACAAAAGUCAAGUAAUCACUCAGUUGGGUUUAGCAAUUUUUUCACGCCGAUUAACUCCUGUUGCUAUGAUACGAAUAAUGACAUACAUCGUAGUGAACAUUCGCAGAGUGGAUAUCAUCACUGUAGACUUAUAAAACCCAUCAUAGGAAUUGAUAAUCGUAUGCGUAAUAAUAAUAGUCCACCAUCUUUUGAAAGACGUCGUUCAGCUUCUGGACCGGUUACCUUUUUUACUCGGUAUCCUAAAAUCAACGAUCAGCUCAAGAAUAAUCCUGAUGAAAGUUUACUCGAUGGGAAACUUAACGAAUUACUUUGUAUUAUCUGUGACCCUUCUAUGCCGUUGCUAACAUCUAGUUGUACUCAACAUUAUUACGGAAGAUCUCUAUCUACUACAACACCCCCUACUGCUUGUUUUAGCUCAGAUAUUACUGAAAGCUCUUAUUUCUUGAACCCCACUGGAAAUUCAACUGUUGAAAAUGUGUUGUUGUCAGCAUUUCGUCUUCUAGCUUCCUUUUGUUUUUGGGGUGUUGAACCUGAUAUUGAUGAUGGAAAAGCGAAUUCGUUAAUUCCUCUCUAUUCUACACCACGUUCGUUCCAUAAUUUUGGAAAUAUUUGUCCUGUUUCAUAUUAUACCUCACAAUCGAGUCAGGGUUAUAGUAGACAGAAGAAUUCAGUGAAAAAUGCUGCUAACUCAUCACUAUUAUUCGGACACAGCGAAUCUGAUUUUCAGCAUGUUUUCUCGGGUAAUUCAGUCUGUCCUAUUGAAAAGCGCAAGUAUAAAUUUUCAAUUCAAAACACACGACGUAUACAGAGCGCUGAUCGUCGUCGCAAUUAUAAAUAUAAUACUUCUUUAAAAUGUCCUGUUUGUGUAAAUAUGGGCCUUGACUUUAUCCAUCCAUGUGAAAAAUUUCCAGAUCAUCAAGUUGAAUUCGGGGACCCACAUUCACCAUUUCUCGGUAUGCUGGCAGGAAGUGGCAGACGACCUAAUCCAUCUCCGAAUAUGAAGGAAAUAAAUCAUUCCAAUUUUCCAAUCAUCCCAUCAAAUGAAAUGAUUUCAAGUGAUAAGAGAGAAAACUAUUUCACUUUUCAACAUGAUAAUUUUUUGAAAGAUAUCAAUCAAAAAAUAGGUGGGCAACAACAGUGUAAGCACAACAAGCGCAGUGAUAAUAGUAACAAUAAUUCCCAGCAAUAUACUCAUUGUAGUUUAUGUAAUAAUAAUCAAAUGGAAAUAAUUGAGAAAAAUGAAUCCACAGGUAACUUAAAUAAUGCAUUUUACUGUCCUCAUCUUUCUGUUUGCAUUGACUAUUGUCAAAAUAACACACGAAAUAAUGAUAUAGAUGUAGCCACUAUUAAGACAACAUUACCAUACAUACCAUCUUCACAUUUAGCACAAAGGUGGUCAUUUGAGCAUAGUAAAGAGUUACAUAAAGAUAUAUGCUCUUCAUUCUGUUCGUUUUUAUCGUGCCGAAAAUUGUCAAUUGAUUGUCAGUCGAGUAUGAUUUCGGAUUGUUUAAGGUCAGUAGAUAAUCAUUCAGUAUCUGAGUCUUCUGGUCAUUCAAUCGAAAGAAAUUCUACUAAUCAGUUUUCUCAUUCUCUCGUAUCAAUGAAUCCUGUUGGUAUGUCACGUGAUGCGUACUUAAAGGCAACACAAGACGGCUUUCUUAAUCGGACCAUUUAUGAACCAUCUGAAGAUCCUGAAUUUUGUUAUUCCCCCUAUUCAAAUCAGACAUCUCAUUCUAAUUCUCUCCAACGUUCCAGCGAUAAUCAAUCUUUUUCUAAUUCUGGUGUUUAUUCAAAUAUUCAUGCAUUGCUCAUUGAGAAGGACUCAAAAUCUGAAUCUGGAUCAGAGUUUGAAAGUUAUGAUGAUGCAAAUGAAUUAGAUUAUCCCAAUUUUAUUUUACAUUCCUCUUCUUCACCACCAAAACACUCUCAACAACCUCAAAACUUUUAUUUACCUUCAAAAAUACAUUUAAAUGAUUCAGAUAAGCCCCCAGAAAAUAAUGACUACUCCCACAAUCUUAAUGUAAAUAUUGAUACCUGUCGAGAAGAUGAUGAUCGUGUAACUCUUGUGCCAGUUGAGUCUGAGGAACUAAGUAACAUAAUUCAACCAUAUUCAGAUAAUGAGGGAAAAAGAGAGCCUUUAGCCGAAUACUACAAUGGUAAUUCGACUUCCAAAAUGAAUGUAAAGAGGGUUCUUCAUCGAAGCCAAGCAAUUCGUGAGCGACAUAGACCUACGUUUUUGACCCUUUUCCGAAACAGAUCACUUCCUAGCUGUGUAGACAGUGAUUGCUCGUGUUUGGAAUCCUGUUCAUUCCUUCUUUAUCCUUCAGAUAAAGGUGUCGAUGAAGUCUCUGAUUUUCCUCACAAGGCGAAAUGUCCCAAGAGUCCUUCUGGUCCAUUUGUUUCUCUACAUUCUACAUUCAUUUAAUCUCUUUCUAUUUUGCCAUGUUGAUUUAUUUUCCAAGUCUGUCAAUGAAUAACGUAUUUUCUCUGUGAUUACUAUCUGUUCUAUUUUCACUAUUUAGGUUGGACGCAUUUAUUAUUAUUUUUAGGUAAUUUUUGAUGGUCAAUCUUACAUAAAUCUUUUUAACACCUUAUAUAGCACACAGUAUCUGUAUUUUUUUCAGAUAUAUUUUAUUUAAUGCAUCUGUGUCUCUCUUACUUCACAUUUAUUGUGUUUCAAAAUUACAUUUGUAAUCUAUUUUGAAAAUAGUUGUUUGUUCUGAAAGCCUUAUAUGUUACAUGUGUGAUGUUUUCUGUAUUCAAAGUUUGUAUAUAUUACCUUUUUAAUGACUACAAUGAAUUUGCUUCAGAGUCUUUCAAUGUGUCGCUCUACUACCGCAACAUCUAUUAUUUUUUAUUUUAAUUGUGUAAUUUGACCUGCUUUUCAUUUUUCAAUUCUAUUCUUGUAUAUCUUUCCUAAGUACCGGACGGAUUAGUUUAACUUAAGAAAGGAAUUUCUAGAGAUGAAUAUCUAUAUAUAAACCGUCACAAACAAUCUUAUAUUUGCUAUUAGGUCAAGGAAAUUUUGUCUUUUUAGACUCUGUAAAUUUUUUGAUCUCAUUUUUUCUCUUAUACUAAAGUAAUAAUAUGAUAUAUUCUGAAUAAAUACUUAUUAUGGUUUUGUCUCAAAGAAAACUGUUUAUAAUAUCCAAAGUACAGUGUAAUAAAUAUCAGUUAAUAAAAUAUGACUUUGGUU